AUGGAGAUUUCGUUGGCUCGGUUAAACUUUUUAUCAAUGCAAGCCGAAGGAUUCACUGAUCAGAGAGAUUUCCACGCAAGUUUAGCAACGCGACGUAAAGUUUCCUUGUUUCUUGCAUGUUUUGAAAUGAGCGAACCAGCUGUUCAGCAAACUGUUGCUUUUGACACUGGUACCAGCCUAUUUUGGGUCCAUUGCGAUAAUCCAGUGGGUGGUGAUGGUGAAUAUUCAUUGGAUCCACCCCAUAAUUCUGCAGGGUCCUCAACUUUUUCAAAUUUAGCAGACUGUCAUGAAUAUUGUAACAAUGCCACUCUGUGCUUUUGUGACAAAAAAUCAUGCAAAUAUUAUAUGCAAUAUGGAACUGGAUUUUCAAGAGGGAUACUUGCGUCUGAGAGAUUUAUUUUUAAGUCCUCCCACAAUAAAGGAUCGCUUAUCAAUGAUGUAGUUCAUAAAUGCUCACAUGAAGCAGAAACAGCAGCCAAUGACUACAAUGGACUGCUUGAACUUGGGACAGCAAAACAUUCUUUACUAUCACAAUUGGGAUCUGGUGAAUUUUCUUAUUGUAUUGAAAAAUUAGGUGAUUCUAGCUAUGAUAAAAAUAUACUAAUCGUUGGAAAGAAUUUAGCCACUGGAGGAGAUUCAACUCCUUUUCAAAUUGCUGGCUUCAAAUACUAUGCAGACCUAGAAGGCAUAAGUUUUGGAGGUAAGAUGCUUGACAAUGACAAUGAACAAUUGAAAAUAUCAAAUCAUAAGGGUGGUGCAGCUUUUGAUUCUGGUGCUAGUUCUAGUGCUCUUCAGCCAAUGGCAUAG